AUGAGCUUCGUUAAGGUUCGGCCAAUCAGGUGGCAGCACGUGGCAACAGAGGCAUCAAGGGGCAUCACCCGCCUGGUGCCGGUCUUCCCUCUUCGCCUCUACGACUCCCUCCUCUUCUCCCUCCGCUCCAUUCCUCCCUUCCAAGCCUUCCAACCCCUUCCUCCAAACCGACAACCAGAGCAGUGUGAGAGAGUGAGUGUGGGGGUGCGGAUGCAGGGCGUGCCUGUGAGUACGCUAGCAAGUGACCUGGCAGUAGGUUCGGGGCAAGGUGGUUCGACAAGGAGUGCGUUGGAUCGGGAGAUGGAGCAACGGCUGCCAAUUCAGCUCCGGCGAGCACUGCUGCCGUUCCAGAGGGAGGGGGUGGCGUUUGCAGUGGGGAGAGGGGGGCGAUGCCUGAUUGCAGACGAGAUGGGUGUGGGGAAGACCAUCCAGGCCAUAGCAGCAGCGGCGUGGUACAUGGCAGAGGGCCCUCUCCUCAUCGUGUGUCCGGCAUGCCUCAGACUGCAGUGGGCCGAGCAGCUGGAGAGAUGGCUGCCCUUCCUCCGCCCCUCCCAGAUCCACAUCGUGUUUGGCCAGAGGGACGAUUUAGUGGAGGAGGACAAAGGGGAGAGGUCGCUCGUAGCUGGCACGGAAGAUCACUCGAACAAGGCAAAGAGCUCAGCCCCAGCAGUGGUGAUCACGUCCUUCACCAUGGCAGGGCGCCUACGACGAACGCUGAUGAGGAGGCGAGGGGGAUGGGGCAUGGUGGUGGUGGAUGAGGCACACGUGCUGAGGACUGCCAGGAAACCGUUUGACUGCCUGGAGACUCGAGUGGUGGUGGACGUGAUUCGACGCACCAAGCGAGCCAUCCUGCUCACCGGCACUCCAUCCCUCUCCAGGCCCUUUGACAUCUUCAACCUGGUCGACAGCCUCUGGCCUGGCCUGCUGGGCACGUCCAAGUACGAGUUUGCUCGCAACUACUGCGACAGGGGGAGGGACAGCAGAGACUUCUCGAGGGGGAUUCGAUUGCGCGAGCUGCACAUCCUGCUGUCGCACACCGUCAUGGUGAGAGACGGGGGUGCUCGUGCUGUCACACAUGGUCAUGGACAGCAGGGAAUUCUCAAGGGGGAUUCGACUGCGUGUGCUGCACGUCCUGCUGUCCCGCACCGUCAUGGUGAGGAGGCGUUUUCCCAGAUGAUGCAAGCGAUCACGUACUAUGUAUGUGUGUGUGGAUGGACGUUUCUCUCUGCCCUGCUGCAGAUCCGUCGGCUCAAGUCUGAGGUGGCACUGCAGCUGCCACCUAAGCGCCGCCAGGUCAUCAGGCUGCGCCUUGAACCAUCUGACGUGGCACUUGCGGUUCAGAGAGUUGCUGAGCUGGCAGGGGGUAGUGCUGUGGUGUAUAGAGACAAAGAAUCCAAGGAUGUAGAUACAGAAGAGGGGGAGGAUGGGGGAGAGGACAAUGAGGACGGGGGGGAGGAAGGGGGAGAAGAGGAGGCAGGAGAGGAAGGAGAGGGUGAGGAGGAUGAUAGGGAAGAGGGUGAAGGGGAAGAGGGUGUGGAACAGGGAAAUUUGAAGGAUCCGGAAGUGGAAAAGAGCAGUGAAAGAAACAGUGAGCGGAGCUGUGAUUCUGACCCUUGUAAAACGGCGGAUAUCGUACAAGAUAAUAAGAAGGCACUUGUGGGUGAUGCAAAGGCGGCCGAGGGCGGUAGGGGGAGGAGGAUGAGGGCUUUAAGGGCUGAAGGGGGUAAUUCAAAUGCUGGUGGGGGGGAUGUGGGGGGUGGAAGAGGUGGGGAAAGGGACGGAAAGGGGAGUGUGAGGGGUGGAAGCAUAAGAGGUGGAAGAGGGGGUGCAAGGGGUGGUAGGGGGAGGAGGAAGCAGGGAGCAGAGGAGAGGGAGGGGCGGAGAGGAGGGAAGGUUGGGGUUGGGGGGUUGAGCCCUGAAGAACUUGGACUGGCCAAGAUGAGAGGGGUGGAAGAGUGGUUGAGUCACUGCUCGGUUCUGAGGGGUUGGGAGGGGUGUGAGGAGGGCGGAGAGGAAGAGGGAGGCGAGGGAGGGGUGGGAGGCGAGGAAAGGGGAGGAGAAGGGGUUGGAGGCGGUGGGGAUGUGGAGGGGGAGGGACCAAGCGAGAGGAAAGAGAGGAGUGAGAAGAAGCACAGGGGAAGGAAUGGGCGGAUGGUAGAGAAGAUGGUGAUUUUCGCCCACCACCACGUGGUGAUGGACGCCCUACAGGCUGCUGUCUACCGCAUUGCUGCUGCCAGCAUUCUGAGGAGAGGCGAUGAUGAGGAGAAGGGGGGUGGGAUGGAUGAGGAGAGAGGGGCGGGUGAAGAGGUGGGGGGGGCAGAGGAAGUGGGGGGAGCUGAGGGAGAAAGGGAAUCCCAGGGGGUGAGGGGAAGUGGAAUGGCAGAGGGCGAAGGAGAAGGAGAGGAAGAGGAAGGAGUGGUGGAGAUUGGAGGUGGGGAUGCGGGGAGCAGGGGAAGGAGGUACGGCGACCCUGCCGAGCCUGCGUGCCGUACCAAGCCUGCCGAACCUGCCAAGCCUGCCAAAGCUGCUAUGCGGUUUGAGUUGGUUCGGGUGGACGGCACCACGCCUCCUCUGGAGCGGGCCGAGGCUGUCAAGAGGUUCGCCACCGAGCCUCAGGUCCGGGUGGCGAUAGUGGGCGUGACGGCGGGCGGCGUGGGCUUGGACUUUAGUGCGGCGCAGACGAUUGUGUUUGCGGAGAUCCCGAGGGCGGCAGCAGAUCUGCUGCAGGCAGAGGACAGGGCGCACAGGAGGGGGCAGAGGUUCCCUGUGAACGUGGUUGUGUUCUGUGCCAAGCCCUACUUCAUAGAUGAGGAUUCCUCCUCCCUCAAGGUGAGAGGCAAGGCAGCGGAUGUGCUGCAGGCAGAGGAUAGGGUGCACAGGAAGGGGCAGAGAUUCCAUGUGAUGAACGUGGCGGAGUUCUGUGCUAAGAUGGUGAGUGGCAAAUCAGCGGCUUUGCUGCAGGCAGAGGAUUGGGCGCACAGGAGAGGCCAAAAAUUCCCUGUCAACGUGGUGAUGUUCUGUGCCAAGAGGCUGUGCUGCAGUGCAGAACGAGUGCCGGCUGCUGUGGUAUGGACGGGGGGGAGCAGCACGAGAGAGGGAGGGAGGGAAGUCAUUAUAUCGCCCGUCUCACUCCACUCCUCUCCUCUCCUCCCUGCCCAUAUCCAGGACUCUCGGGACGAGACGGCGUGGCAGAGGCUGUGUCGCAGUUCAGAGCGCGUGUCGGCUGCUGUGGAUGGGGGGAAGCAGCAAGAGGGAGUGCUGGAAGGGAAGUUAUGUCACUCUAUCUGCCUCCUCACUCCUCUCUUCUCGCUCCUCUUCUUCCCUUUCUCGUGCAUUCCUUCCGUUCAGGACUCUCGGGAUGAGACGGCGUGGCAGAGGCUGUGCCGCAGUGCAGAGCGUGUGUCGGCUGCUGUGGAUGGGGGGAAGCAGCAAGAGGGAGGGCUGGUAGUGGAUAGUGUUGUGGACGGCUUUGCUGACCAGUCUGCUGAGGAUGGGGAGAAGCAGCAAGAGGGAGGGUUGACAGUGGAUAGUGUUGCUGAUGGUUCUGCUGUGAAGCGAAGAAGGACAGAGAAGGGGACGGGAAGCGAUGAACUGGGAGAGGGGGGCAAGAUUGAGGGUAGAGAAGCAGAGAAGGGCGCCGGUGGAAUGGAGAGCAAGGAAGAAAAGGCCACGUUAAACAGGCCCCAACUGCCAGGCGCCUCAUUGAGCAGACCGCAAGCGGAAGACAUGUACGCACAUGAAUGUGACACCAAUAGUCCUUGUCGCUGCAGGCCAGUGGGGGAGAGCAGUGCUCCUAGUAGGGAUGUGGGAGGGAAGUGUGCAGCAAUUCACUGUUGUGCAGAUGAUAAGGGAAAAAUGGGCAGGGUGGAGGAAGAAGAGGAGGAGGAGGAGGCAGAUGGAAAGCGAUGGACGCAGAUCAAACCGGAGGACCUGCGAUUCGAGGUCCGUGUGAGCCUUGUAUCAUUUCCACCUUGCACCUUUCCCUCCUUGCAUUCCCUCCGUGCGUCUGUUCCAUGCAUGUCUGUGCUUGUGAUUUCCCUACGUUCUCGUGGACUCAGAGGAUCGCAUGCCGCCAAUCCUGCGGCGACACGUGGCGCUUCGAGAGGCCGCCAGGUCAUUCGUCAGCGAGUGGGGGGCGGGAAGCCGCAGCACCGGAGGAAGCUGCUUGGAAGGAUCCUGGCGCUUCCUGUGGCGGAGGAGCUGGAGCGAGUGCUGUUCCCCCUCCCCUUCAGUGACGUCAUGGGCCGUGUGGCAGCAAGAGGAGGUGGGCAACGAGAGGGGAUAUACUCGCUGCCGCUAAGGAGUAACCUCCAGCUCAUUUUCCUCCUGUGUGUGGUGCUGGCAGGGCAUGGCAGGGCAUGGCAGGGCCGUGUGGCAGCAAGAGGAGGUGGGCAACGAGAGGGGAUAUACUCGCUGCCGCUAAGGAGUAACCUCCAGCUCAUUUUCCUCCUGUGUGUGGUGCUGGCAGGGCAUGGCAGGGCCGUGUGGCAGCAAGAAGAGGUGGGCGACGAGAGGGGAUAUACUCACUGCUGCCAGGGAGGGAAGGGGAGUGGGUGGUGGAAGCACAGAUCUGCCGGACGCAUGCAGCAAGGGCGCCAACGGUUCCCCGCCAUCUCUUCUGCUGCGAUUCCUGCUUCUCCACCUACCUCUCUCGCACCUCCCUUUCGUUCCUUCGCCAG